UAGAUCCAAUAAUAUUAAAAAAAAAGAUAUAAAAGAUAUAGCCUGAAAAAAAUAAACAGUUAUUCAAAAAUGCCUCUGUUUGGCAAAAAGGAUUCAGGAAAAAAAGUAAAAAAAGAAUUCAAAGAAUUUAACAAACAGAUUUCAAUUGAAGAUAAGUACAAUUUACACGGACUACUAGGAACUGGUGCUUUUUCUGAAGUCCGAUUAGCAGAAAGUAAAGAAAGCCCUGGAGAUCACUUUGCUGUAAAGAUAAUUGAUAAAAAGGCAUUAAAAGGCAAAGAGGAGUCACUUGAAAAUGAGAUUCGUGUACUAAGAAAGUUCAGUGCCAAUGAGAAUGAUGCUAGCAACUCUAGAGGAGUACGGUUGACACAUCCGAAUAUCGUUCAAUUACUCGAAACAUAUGAAGACAAAUCGAAGGUGUAUCUGGUAAUGGAAUUAGUGACAGGAGGGGAGCUAUUCGACCGAAUCGUUGAAAAAGGGUCAUAUACAGAAAAAGAUGCAUCACAUUUAAUUCGACAAAUAUUAGAAGCUGUAGAUUAUAUGCAUGAACAAGGUGUUGUUCAUAGAGAUCUCAAACCGGAAAAUUUGCUUUACUAUAGUCCCGAUGAUGAUAGUAAAAUAAUGAUCAGUGAUUUUGGUCUGUCGAAAAUGGAAGAUUCUGGCAUAAUGGCAACUGCUUGUGGUACACCAGGAUAUGUUGCUCCAGAAGUUUUAGCUCAAAAACCGUACGGUAAAGCUGUUGAUGUUUGGAGUAUUGGAGUAAUAUCGUAUAUACUGCUAUGUGGUUAUCCACCCUUUUAUGACGAAAAUGAUGCGAAUUUAUUUGCACAGAUUUUAAAAGUGGCACAAAUUAGUCCAUUUUCUACCACAUUCACUAAUUUUAUAAGUUUUUCAUAA